UCGCCAGUUUGGGAAGCUCAUCGUAAAGUUGAAAAAUCAAUCGGUAAAACCUUUCUGAAUAGUAUUAAAUUAGCAUUAAAACUUCAUUGGAAAAGGUUCAUCUAUUGCGUUCUUUUAAUGGCUUGUUUUAGUUUUAUGAGUCAUGGUACACAAGAUUUGUAUCCAACAUUCCUAAAAGUACAACUCGGAUAUACAUCAAGUCAAGUUACAAUACUUACAGUGGUAGCAAAUAUAGGGGCUAUAAUUGGAGGCUUAACUUGUGGGUAUAUGUCACAAUUAUACGGUCGUAAGAUCACCAUCGUUAUCUCGGUAAUUUUGGCGGCUUGUUUUAUGUCAUUAUAUAUAUUGCCAAGACAAUUUGGAUGGUUGAUUGUCGGAGCUUUUGCAGUCUACUUUUUUGUACAGGGGGCAUUGGGAGUGGUUCCAGCGCACUUGAAUGAACUUUCGCCACCAGAACUUCGUGGUACGUUCCCAGGGUUAACUUAUCAAUUGGGUAGUUUAAUAGCGGCAUCAUCGGCGCAAAUUGAAGCAAAGUUAGGGGAGAAAUUUAAAAAAAAUGGAACGCCUAAUUAUGGAUUAAUUAUCGUCUUACUAUCGGUCAUCGUAAUGACGUUAUUGGUUAUAAUCACUUUACUAGGUAAAGAAAAUAAAGAUAUUAAUUUUAUUGAACAAGUUGAACAGCAUAUUAUAAUUGAUAAGGAGAAAGUUAAAGGGAAGGGACAGGAUGAAAGAGAAAUGGUUGUAAUAAGUGAUGCGUAA